GAGCGAGAGAGAGAGAGAGAGGAGCGAAAGAGAGGCAAGAGAAGAGAAGAGAAGAGAAGAGAAGCAUCAGCAUCGAGUACAUAGCACAAGGGGCCAUUCAGCGUGGAAGACGACGAAGUCACAGUAAGAAAAGUGAAAAUACACGGAGAAAAGUUGCACAGAGCGGCAAGCAUAUUUCAUAAGUUUACACACAGUCACAGACACUGUCAUAUAACAUAGCCCGGAGCCAGUUGGAGCAAAGUCGAGGCAAAGUCAUAUAUGUGAGAGAGACAGAGACGGAGACAGAGACGAAGACGGAGGCGGUGGCGACAAAGGCUAACGCUCGACCUUUGGCACAGGGUUCAGCAACUGCAGCAGAGGACACGAACACGGACACAACGAGGCGAGGUCAACAAAUCAAUAGAAACAAAGCGCACAGCCAGAAAGCAAUUGGAAACUAGCAUUACCAAAAGCAACAACAACAGCAACAGCAACAACAACAACAACACGUACAAGUACAACAAGCAAAACCACCAAAAUUCACUCUCAAAUAAUGCUGGCCAUGUCGACCUUAAUGAUGCCCGCGCCGACUAUAACCAUGGGGGCCCCACAGAUCACGAUGGGUCCCCACAAGCCGCCGGAAACAAAACUGCUUGCCAUACAUCCAGCUGCAGCAGCAGCAGCUGCCGCUCAGCAGCAGCAGCAGUCCGUGACAGCUGCACAUCUGCAGCACAACGGUCAACAGCAACAUCCCCAACAGCAACAGCAACAGCAGCAACAACAGCAGCAGCAGCUGCAACAUCAACAAUCAAACGUACAGCAACAACAGCAGCAGAUCGUUGGCAGUAACUCCAAGCCAGAACAGUUUCACAUCUUUGUGGGCGAUUUGAGCGCUGAAAUUGAAACGCAACAGCUUAAGGAUGCAUUCACACCAUUCGGAGAAAUAUCAGACUGUCGAGUUGUGCGCGAUCCGCAGACACUGAAAUCAAAGGGAUAUGGAUUCGUCAGCUUUGUCAAGAAAUCGGAAGCGGAAACCGCCAUCACGGCUAUGAAUGGCCAGUGGCUUGGCUCGCGUUCGAUACGCACAAACUGGGCCACACGAAAACCGCCAGCCACCAAAGCGGACCUGAAUAUCAAGCCGUUGACCUUUGAUGAGGUUUACAACCAGAGCAGCCCCACAAACUGCACCGUUUAUUGCGGCGGCAUUAAUGGCGCUCUCUCUGGAUUUCUGAACGAGGAGAUUUUGCAGAAGACAUUCUCGCCAUAUGGCACAAUACAGGAGAUUCGUGUGUUCAAGGACAAGGGCUAUGCAUUUGUGCGAUUCUCCACCAAAGAGGCUGCCACACACGCCAUCGUGGCCGUCAAUAAUACGGAAAUUAAUCAGCAGCCGGUGAAGUGUGCGUGGGGCAAGGAGAGCGGCGAUCCGAAUCAUAUGUCGGCAAUUGCUGGCCAGGCGCUGGCACAAGGCUUCCCCUUUGGCUCAGCGGCAGCAGCGGCAGCUGCAGCAGCCGCCUACGGACAGCAAGUGGCCGGCUAUUGGUAUCCACCGGCACCAACAUAUCCCACAGCGGCUCCAGCUAGCGCCUUGCAGCCGGGCCAGUUUCUGCAGGGCAUGCAGGGAUUCACCUACGGUCAAUUUGCGGGCUAUCAGCAGGCCAGCUACAUGGGCAUGGGCGUCCAGUUGCCGGGCACUUGGCAGAGUGUGCCGUCACAGCCGCAGUUGACCAGCGCUGCGGCCGCUGCAGCGCCACAGAUCACACAGAGCGUGGGCGGGGCAUUGCCUCAGGCAGCUGGCGUUGUGGCCUAUCCAAUGCAACAGUUUCAGGUCAGUCCGCAGCUGGCGGAGGACGAGUGGCUGGCGCCCAGUUUGCUGGUGUAGCUGCCAUGAGCGGUGGCCAUGUAUCCCACCCAACAACACCAGCAGCAGCAGCAACAACAGCAACAACAGCAGCAACAGCAAC